AUUUGAGCAAUUGGGAUCAGAAGAGGCUUCGCAGAAAUUGUGAGGCACGUGUAGAGUAGUCUGCUAGGCUAGAUCAAAUUUUCGGAACGAACAACAAGGGCAGAGUCAUAGAGAGGAUGGUUCGCGAGCUAUGGGAGAAUUUCCCAUAAGCCGUUGAGGCGACUUUUUUGGAGGCUGGGGACAGUAACGUGAUAUUUGUCUCCUCCUCUCUUGACUGUGAAAGUGCUGCCGCCUAAGAAGAAAAUGCAUGAACUAUCAUGUAUCGCCAUUUUCAGUUAGCAACCGUUAUUACCAUGCUACCAUGGUACUGUGAGCGAAAUUUUGAUUUUGAAAUUUAAAGGUUGUUUUAAAACAUGGUGAAUUCUUGUUUCAUUUAUGGAAAAAUUCCAGAAGACAAAGAAAAUGGCGUGCGGAGCUUCAAAGCAGGGAAAAAAGUGCUUGAAUGGCAAGAAGUGAUUUCAAAGAACGGACUAACGCAGUGGUCAAGACUGUGCACUCGUCAUUUUGACCAUGGAGACAUAGUGAAAGGGAAAACGAUCCAAAAUAUAUUUUAUCCCAAUCAAGUGUCGAAGUUGCAGAUUAGAGCCAUUCCCAAGCACUGUUUAGUAGGGAUUACACAGCCAGCACCUGCUGUUCGUAAGCCUUUAGUUGCUAAAAAUAUUGCUUCCAUCAUCAUUUCAAACAAAGAGAAUAAACCAGCUUGCAGAGGGAAAGCAACGCAACAAAAACAUGCAGGAUUAUCACCAUCAAGCAACACCAGUACUAUUUAUGCCACUACAUCAGAUGUCAUUUUCACUGGUGAUCUCUUUGAUGGAAUGCAAGAUUCAAUGACACAAGCAACGUCAAUAAGUGGGUCAACAAAAAAUAAUAGCCACUUGUUGGAUAUUCGUGCUUGUCAGGAAAUUAAUCAGCAGUCAGCUUCUAUGGUAUUGCCGAAUCCUGUUGUAGCCGUGGCUACAUCAGCUGUGACUUGUGAUGGGGCGCUAAGAGAUGAUUGGCAACAUCCAACAACGGAAGCAACCUCAGCUAUUUGCUUACCAUUGCAUAAUAGUCCAAAGGUGAAUGCCCGUGAUACAUCUGAUUAUUCUGAUGUUCCAUCUGAUGUUACUACAUCAGCUGUGACUUGUGAUGGGGGGCUAAGGGAUGAUUGGCAACAUCCAACAACGGAAGUAACCUCAGCUAUUUGCUUAUCAUUGCAUAAUAGUUCAAAGGUGAAUGCCCGUGAUACAUCUGAUGUUAAACAAUUCAACAUCGUUGCUUCUUUCGAAUUCUGUCGAAAUUCAGAUACCAAAAACUUAGAUAAAAUUUAUAAUUUAUGCUUAUAAAUUGCCUAUUUCAAACUUGCCAAAAUUUUCACCAAUAAAAUACCCAAACAAAGGUUUAAUGUUCAUUUGUUUUUCAAACUAACCAGCGGGUUGUACUAAUAAAUGCUUUUCAAAAUAA